CCCCUCUCUAUCUUUCCAGUGCAGCUCCGCGAGGAAGAAAGCAAAGCGAGGCUGCAACAGAGAGAGAUCGAGAGAGAGCCAGCGCCAUACGCUGGCUCACUCUAUUUAUACCCAGUCCGUCUCCUUCCUCUAGCUCACACCACCAAGCACACUGCACACCACCUCACCACGCGAUCGAUCACCUCCGGGCUACCAGACAGCGUCUAGCUUCUCUCUCUAUCCCUUGGGCAGCUACAGUAUUAGUGCUAGCAGCAGCAGGCGGCGGCGCGAUGCUGAGCUCGCUGAGGUACCUGGCGGGCACGGCGGGGCCGAGCGGCUUCGGGUCGCGCGCCACGGCCGAGGAGGCCACCGCCGGGUGCGGCGACCUCCGCCACGUGACGGCCAUCAUCACCGGCGCGACGUCGGGGAUCGGGGCGGAGACGGCGCGCGUGCUGGCCAAGCGCGGCGCGCGGCUGGUGCUGCCGGCGCGCAGCCUCAAGGCCGCCGAGGACGCCCGUGCGCGCCUCCGCGCCGAGUGCCCCGGCGCCGACGUCGUCGUGCUGCCGCUGGACCUCAGCUCCCUCGCCUCCGUGCGCCGCUUCGUCGCGCGCUUCCUCGCGCUCGGCCUCCCGCUCAACCUCCUCGUCAACAACGCCGGGAAGUACGCCGACCGCUUCGCCGUGUCGGAGGACGGCGUCGAGAUGACCUUCGCCACCAACUACCUAGGGCACUUCUUGCUGACGCGGCUGCUGCUGGAGAAGAUGGCGGAGACGGCGCGGGCGACCGGCGUGGAGGGCCGCAUCGUCAACGUCUCCUCCACCAUCCACAGCUGGUUCGCCGGCGACGACGCCGUCGGCUACCUCGACCGCGUCACCCGCAGGAAGAUACCGUACGAUCCGACGAAGGCGUACGCGCUGUCCAAGCUCGCCAACGUGCUGCACACCAGAGCGCUCGCCGAGCGGCUGAGGGAGAUGAACGCCAACGUGACGGCCAACUGCGUCCACCCCGGCAUCGUCAGGACCCGGCUCAUCCGCGACCGCGACGGCCUCGUCACCAAUACAGUGUUCUUCCUGGCGUCGAAGCUCCUCAAGACGAUCCCUCAGGCGGCCGCGACGACGUGCUACGUGGCAGUGCACCCGGCGGUGGCCGGAGUGUCCGGGAAGUACUUCGCCGACUGCAACGAGGCGUCGCCGUCGAGGCUGGGCGCCAGCAGCGAGGAGGCCGCCAAGCUGUGGAGUUUCUCUGACAACAUAACGGCAGAGAAGGUUCAGAAGAUGGGUGUCCAUGUCAGUGCCAGCAGCUUCCGGCUCCAGGUCCAGAGCUCCAAUGCAGACCGCGGCAUGGCCCUCGCGUAGGAGCCUGCCUCGAGAUUUGGAAAUUUUGAUCGCCAACGAUGUGCCCCUGAUGAGAUCACACAUCAUGAAAAACAUAGCAGUAGCAGCAGCAGCAGUAACAGUAUCUGUCUCAAAAAACAGAGUCAGCAGUAAACUAGUAGUAAUACAGAAGGAAAGCAAUAGUAGAAGUAGAAUAUGCAUUACAAAUACACGGUACAGCUUUAAGCCUGUAAAUAUAAAGCCAUAUGUAUACAAGUGCAUGCUAGUGUGUUCUGGGUAUAGUCUGUGGCUGCAAAGAUCAGUACGUCAAAUGUUUAUGUUGAAGCAUGAGAAAUUUCCUCGUCCGCUUAAGCUUUUGGGUGAACUGAUUCAGA